AUUUUAGUAAGAAAGAAUUUUCCAAACUCUAUUACACUUUAUAUAUUUGUCAGUGUGUUUAGUUUUCCUAUCUAAGUGAUUACUUACUGUCAAUUGUAUAUACAUAUCUUCUAAUUAUCAACCAAUAUGUAGUCCAAAAUCUCAAAUGUUUGUAUUUAGGUAUAUAUAUAUAUAUAUACAGUGUUCAGUAGGAAAAGUAGUUUCAACUUCUAAACCGAUCUAUUGGACACUUGGUUUAUUCCUUUGUUAAUCUCUCACUUCUGUGUUAAUCUUAUUUUUACUUUUUCUCAAACGUAUUGAAUAUCUACUUAUUAAUCCUGGAAAUAAUAUCAACAAAUUGUUUAUACAUAAUAAUAACCAUCUUUGAGGAGAUAGAGUAAGACAGAGAGAGAGAGAGAGACAGCAACCGAUAAAGAAGUUAAGAUAUUUUUCUAAAUAAUGCGGAUUAAAAUAUUAUGCAAUUUAUCCAACUGUACAUUUUAUCAUAAUCUUAUAUAUCUCCUGAUAUUACUUAUAUGCAUCCUAUGCUGUACAGUCAGUUUAAUUUCAAGUGAACGAGUUGUACGUGUUCGAAGACAAGAUGAUGGUGUCUUAGAUGAAGAUAUCUCAGCAAGUGGUGGAGACGAUGAUAUACCCGAAACUACUCCAAUACCAUCGAGUGUUAAAGGUCCUGGACCAUUUUUACAACCAAAUAUAGUAACAGGUCCUCGAGGGGCUCCAGGUGAACCUGGUCCACCUGGACCAUCAGGGCCUAUUGGACCACCAGGAAAAAUGGGUGAACCCGGGCCGUCGGGACCAGCUGGAGAAGAUGGUGCACGUGGACCACCAGGUCCAUCUGGUGACCCAGGAAUCGACGGUAAACCAGGUAUAGAUGGUGAAUCUGGUCUGCGUGGAACUCCAGGUCCACCAGGACCAGUUGGUCCAAUGGGUUUAAUUGGAUCUACAGGUCCACCUGGUCCAAUGGGUAUACCUGGUCUUAAAGGUAUAAAAGGUUCGCCAGGUAUUGAUGGACCAAUGGGUGAACGAGGUGAAGUUGGCCUUCCAGGUCCAUUUGGUCCACCUGGACCUAAAGGACCAACUGGAUUACCUGGUGCUCAAGGCCCAAUUGGUCAAAUGGGUACACAAGGACCGGAUGGAUUUCCUGGGCUUAUAGGUUCUAUGGGUCCUCAAGGACCUCCAGGACCUUCUGGAAUGAUUGGACCAGUUGGUUUAAAAGGUGAUGAAGGACUUCAAGGUGCACCAGGUUCUCUUGGUGAUCCUGGUGAUCCAGGUUUAGAUGGAAGUCCAGGGGCUGAUGGUGAACCUGGACCGAUGGGUCCUGCUGGUAAGGAUGGACCGUCAGGAUUGAAAGGUGAAAGAGGAAUACCAGGCCCUAUGGGACCUCAGGGAACUACCGGCCCAAGAGGAUUGUCUGGGGGACCAGGUUCACAAGGGACUCCUGGUGAGAAAGGGGCUGAAGGAGCUCCAGGACCACAAGGACCUACAGGUCCAGCUGGACCAAUGGGACCACCUGGAGAACCUGGUGAUAGAGGGCUAUUUGGUCCAAUGGGAGAUAUAGGAAAGCCUGGUCCACGAGGUCCACCAGGUGAAACUGGACCUAAAGGAGAUACAGGGCUGAUUGGUGCUCAAGGAAUGCCAGGAAAUCCUGGAUUAGAUGGACUACCUGGAAUGCCUGGAGAAGCUGGUAAUGAUGGAGAAAUGGGUAGACAAGGUAUGCCCGGUCCACCGGGAUUACCUGGACCAUCCGGAAGAGAUGGUGAACCUGGUCCUAGGGGUUUUCCAGGUUCCAAGGGUCAAGAUGGCUCCCAAGGUGUACGUGGCGUGAUAGGACCAAGAGGCCCUUCAGGAAAAGAUGGGGAUGACGGUGAAAUGGGUGCGGCAGGACCUCCAGGACCUGCAGGACCUCCUGGCCCAUCUGGACCACCGGGUUUACGUGGUGGUCGAGGCUCAUCUGGUGAGCCAGGUGAUCCAGGUCCUUCAGGUCCACAAGGUAGUCGUGGUGCAACUGGUGCUCGUGGACGUCGUGGGAAAGUUGGAGUAGCUGGUAGUCCUGGAAGUAUUGGCGGUAUCGGAGAUAGAGGUCCACCCGGUCCAAUUGGACCAUCAGGCCAACCUGGUCCUAUCGGACAACCAGGCCAACCAGGUGGUAAAGGUCCAACUGGAAGAGAUGGAAAACAAGGUACAGAUGGCAAGCCAGGAACUCAGGGGCAGGUUGGUUUGCCAGGUCCAAUUGGUGAACGUGGUGCUGCUGGUGAAGAUGGUGAACAAGGUUAUCCAGGUGUACAAGGUCCCAAAGGUGAAGUUGGUUCACAAGGUAUACCUGGACGUACUGGACCAGCUGGUCCACCAGGAGUUCGAGGUGGUUCGGGUCAAAUGGGUUUGAGAGGAACAAAAGGUCCACGUGGUCCACCUGGAGAAGAUGGACCACCUGGGAAAGACAGUGCACCUGGUGAACCAGGACCACCGGGUGAACCAGGUCCACGAGGACCAAUUCAAGUUCAAGGUUAUGAUAAUGGUAAAGUUGUCGGUCCACAAGGAGCUAAGGGUUUACCAGGAUAUCCUGGACCACGUGGAAGACCAGGAAUACCAGGAGCUCCUGGUGAUCCGGGACCUAUUGGAGAAGCAGGAGUACCAGGUGAAGACGGUCCACCCGGUCCUGAUGGUCCACGUGGAAAAGAUGGGAUUGAUGGAGCACCUGGCCGACCAGGAAAAUCAGGUAAACCUGGUCAGUCUGGAGCUGUUGGAGCCCAAGGACCACCUGGAAAACCUGGAGAUGCUGGAUAUGCUGGUCCACCAGGACCAUCAGGAAUUCCUGGUCCUUCUGGUGAACCCGGUUUACCCGGAAUAGAUGGUAUUAACGGAACUGCUGGUGCUCAAGGAGCUCCUGGCAAUCCAGGUGCACAAGGAGCACGUGGUGCUGCCGGACCUCCAGGAAUUGAUGGUGCUAAAGGUCCACCUGGUGAUGAAGGACCAACUGGUCCGAGAGGUCAAGCUGGUCCAAGAGGAACUCAAGGAAAAGAUGGACUUCCUGGACUUCAAGGGAAAAUGGGUGCUCCUGGAAGACCAGGGGCAAGAGGAUCGGCCGGGGUUAUGGGAGUUCCGGGACCACAAGGGAAGAUUGGACCUCCAGGAAAAGAAGGACCAGAAGGACCGUCUGGUCCUGUUGGUCCACCUGGGCCACCAGGAACAGAUGGGGAAGUAGGUGGUGCAGGGCCAGUGGGAGAAGCCGGGUCUCCAGGACAACAAGGUCUUCCUGGAGAACGCGGACUUCAGGGUCCAACAGGUCCCGGGGGAGAGCCAGGCCCACCAGGGCCUAGUGGUCCUUUAGGGAUACCUGGACCAGACGGACCGAGUGGACCUAGAGGUGAAGUAGGUGAUCCUGGUAUAGAUGGUGCGCCAGGGGGAAAAGGCGAAGAUGGACAACCUGGACUGCCUGGACGACCUGGAAAGGAUGGAUCCCCGGGAAGGCAAGGGAAGUCUGGACCACAGGGCCAUAAAGGUUGGACAGGCCCUCCAGGUGACCCGGGUCUUCCUGGCACAGCUGGACAACCUGGUCAACCAGGACUUCGAGGAUAUCGCGGACUUUCUGGCUUACCGGGAGAACUAGGACCUGUUGGUGCCCCGGGGCCUCAAGGUGAGGCUGGAUUCGUCGGAGAACCUGGUCCUCCUGGUGGACCUGGACCUAUUGGAAGAGAUGGGCCACGAGGACCUCCUGGACAUAUGGGGAGUGAAGGACCACCUGGACCUCCUGGGCCUCCAGCUAUGAGUUAUGGAAAAAUGUAUGGAGAUCAAAAAGGGAUCACUUUAGAAAUGCCCAAUGGCACACGCAGUUUUCCAGCAAGAUCAUGUAAUUAUUUAUCGCGUACACAUCCAGGAUUACCAGAUGGUGAAUAUUGGAUUGAUCCUAAUGGAGGUUCGAAUAAAGAUGCUGUUAAAGUAUUCUGUCGAUUGAACUCAGGUGAAACGUGUUUCUCGCCUUUAACUUCUUCUUAUCAACAACAUCAAAAUAACAAUACCGAUAUAAGCAAAAAGAAAUAUUCUGAUCAAAAAGAUAUUUGGUUCAGUCAGUUAUAUGAAGAAAAACAGUUUACCUAUAAUAUGGAAAUGAAUCAGAUCAACUUUUUACAACUGUUAUCAUCGAAAGCUAAUCAACAAUUAACAUUGUUAUGCCAUAAGAUUAGUUUCAAUGAUAAAAAUCUGCCACGUUUAUUUACAAAUAAUAAUAAGGAAUUAACACAAAAUGGAGCGAUUCUUCGUUAUAAUUUACUGGAAAACGAUUGUCAGGUAAUUAGUAUUCAUAUUAUUAUUUAUGGAUAUUGUCGAAUUAUUUGAAGAUAGUGUACACUACGGAUAAAAUUUAAUCAAAGAACAAUUGAGAAUAAACAAAUACCAAAACAGUUGUUUCAUCUUGGUAUGAAACGCUUGUUAUGGCCAGUGGAAUUCGAUAAUGUUGGAAGUGAGAUGGAUAUCAUCAAUCAUAGUAAAUGAUGACAUACAAUAUCAAAAACCUACUAGAGUUAAGAGCUACAACCACCAGAUGGCAUCUUGGUAGUUCUGUUAGCUCAGCCUUCUCUAUGACAUGUGAAGGUAUUGGGUUUUAUCCUUGGUGGGAUUUUAGGUACUCACUGCUGAGGAACUCAGCACUAGCUGUUUAAUCCUUCCUAGUUAUUAGUGAUUAAAGUUAAUCCUUGAUGUAUGCAGAUAAUUUUCUUCACGAACUAAGUUACUCCAUUCAAUUCUCGGAUAAAUUUAUUUAUGGAAAAAUAUAAUAUCAUAUAAAACUGAACCUAUAGAAUUUGUAUUUUCAGUGACAAGCAUGCUAUUACAGAGCUACUGUAUUGGACAAAGUCAAGCGAUUAACAUUCUUCAACUUAAGUUAAUCGCAAAGAUUAUUUUAUUUAAGGAAGCUUUUAUUCAUCAUUACAUGAUCAUCUAGACCUUCAUUAUUUUUAAAGUCAUCAAUCAUCAGUUUCACUACAAUAAUAUGAAAAAAGACAAUUCAAAUAUGAUUCCAAUUCAGUAGUUUUAAGAUUCAUCAACCAUUCCGUGUACCAAGGAUUCUGGAUACAAUCCCAAAAGUACACUAGACAGCAGUCGUAUACAAUAAGAUGUAGCAAAUAUUCAGUGAUGUAUCCAGAAGAAUUUAAACUGUGAUUAGCUAGCAAUGAUGACGGACAUACACCUUAUGUGUCAUGUUUGUCAUGAACUAAAUGUAUAUUCUAAAUGACGUUGAACUUUAUAUUUGUACUAUAAAAACGUUUAUUCAUCUAAACCUGGUUACAAAUUAAAACUGUAGGACAAAUGUGUCUGUCACUGUGUCAUUCAACGAAUGCCAAGUCAUCACAAUGUUUGUAAUUUUUCCCUGAAUUAAAAUUUAGUUAUUCAAACUUACCCUUUCCUAUAAACACAUCAUUAUAAUAUUCCGUUUGUUAACAUAGUUAUUUUUCCAUUCUUUUUGAAAAAAAAACAACAACUAAUAAUUCAAAAGUCAACAAAGCCUACAUUUGGAAAGAUAACAAUUGAAGUGGAUACACGACCGCAACGUUUACCAUUACGUGAUAUAAUUUUACCGAAUGGUAUUGAUUCACAACGAAUUCUUGGUUUGGAAUUGGGCAGAGUAUGCUUCCAGUAGGAAAACACAACAUUUAUACUUGACAAUACUGAUAAUACUGAUUAUGAUUAUGUUAAUUUCUGUGUAUGAGUCUUCUAAAUUUCUAUAAAUUAAUAAAUAAAGUACAAUGUAUGAAGUAU